AUGGUAUAAAUUAAAUUUGGAGUAUUUAAUUUGAUAGUGCAUAAUCAGCUUGAUGGCGAAUUGUUGCUUGACAACAUGAAGUCGAUACUUUAUAUUUCCGCCUUACUUUUUAUGUCUCAUCCAGCAUGGAGUACGAUCCCACUUCGUGAUCCAUGCGUCUGUACUAGAAUUUAUAACCCAGUCUGUGGCAGUGACGGCAAGACAUACGGCAGCGAUUGCGUACUCUCCUGUAAAAAUUCAGAACUGAAUAGAUCACACCAUAUUAAAAAAUUAUAUGAUGGUGAGUGUAAAGAACCAUUGCAUCCAUGCAUUUGUCCCAAUCUCUAUCAACCUAUUUGUGGUAGCGAUGGAAAAACAUAUGGGAAUGAUUGCGAACUGAAAUGUAUAAACGACGAAAUGAAAAGAAAAAGACAACCUUGUGUAGAAGAGGUCAGCAAGGGUAAGUGUAAAUCACCUUGUAUAUGUCCAUUAAAUUUGGCACCUGUAUGUGGAGAUGAUGGGAACACGUACAGCAAUAAAUGUGUACUAGAUUGUAAAAAUAAAGAAGAAAAAUCUAACAUAAAAGUUGCUUAUAAAGGAGAAUGUUCUGACCUGUGUCCAUGUCCCGCAAAUUUAGAUCCAGUAUGUGGUGAUGAUAGACAAACUUACAGCAACGAAUGUUUACUUGAAUGUCAAAAUAACAAGUUAAAACGAGAAGGUAAAAAACCAGUAGUUAUUGUUAGCAGAGGAGAAUGCCCAGAUAUUUGUAUAUGCACUGCUGACUAUAAUCCCGUUUGCGGAAGCGACGGAAACACAUAUAGUAAUGAAUGUGUCUUGGGGUGUAAAGAUAAAGAACAACAAAGAAAAGGAAGAAAGCAUAUAACAGUGGCAUAUAAAGGAGAAUGUUCUGAUGUAUGUGCAUGCCCAUUUAACUAUGACCCCAUAUGUGGAAGUGAUGGUAAAACUUAUUCUAAUCAAUGUGAUCUUGAUUGUAAAAAUAAAAAUGGAAAUCAAAAUACAACAGCUGCUUAUAAAGGAGAAUGCUCUGACAUAUGUGCAUGCCCAUUUUACUAUGACCCCAUAUGUGGAACCGACGGUAAAACUUAUUCUAAUCAAUGUGAUCUUGAUUGUAAAAAUAAAAACGGAAACCGAAAUAUAACAGUCGCUUAUGAAGGAGAAUGCUCUGAUAUAUGUGCAUGCACUGCUGACUAUAAUCCCGUUUGCGGAAGCGACGGAAACACAUAUAGUAAUGAAUGUGUCUUGGAGUGUAAAGAUAAAGAACAACAAAAAAAAGGAGGAAAGCAUAUAACUGUGGUAUAUAAAGGAGAAUGCUCUGACAUAUGUGCAUGCCCAUUUAACUAUGACCCCGUAUGUGGAACCGACGGUAAAACUUAUUCUAAUCAAUGUGAUCUUGAUUGUAAAAAUAAAAACGGAAACCAAAAUAUAACUGUCGCUUAUGAAGGAGAAUGCUCUGAUAUAUGUGCAUGCACUGCUGACUAUAAUCCCGUUUGCGGAAGCGACGGAAACACAUAUAGUAAUGAAUGUGUCUUGGGGUGUAAAGAUAAAGAACAACAAAGAAAAGGAAGAAAGCAUAUAACUGUGGUAUAUAAAGGAGAAUGCUCUGACAUAUGUGCAUGCCCAUUUAACUAUGACCCCAUAUGUGGAAGUGAUGGUAAAACUUAUUCUAAUCAAUGUGAUCUUGAUUGUAAAAAUAAAAACGGAAAUCAAAAUAUAACAGCUGCUUAUAAAGGAAAAUGCUCUGAUAUAUGUGCAUGCACUGCUGACUAUAAUCCCGUUUGUGGAACCGACGGUAAAACUUAUUCUAAUCAAUGUGAUCUUGAUUGUAAAAAUAAAAACGGAAACCAAAAUAUAACUGUCGCUUAUGAAGGAGAAUGCUCUGAUAUAUGUGCAUGCACUGCUGACUAUAAUCCCGUUUGCGGAAGCGACGGAAACACAUAUAGUAAUGAAUGUGUCUUGGGGUGUAAAGAUAAAGAACAACAAAGAAAAGGAAGAAAGCAUAUAACUGUGGUAUAUAAAGGAGAAUGCUCUGACAUAUGUGCAUGCCCAUUUAACCAUGACCCCAUAUGCGGAAGUGAUGGUAAAACUUAUUCUAAUCAAUGUGAUCUUGAUUGUAAAAAUAAAAACGGAAAUCAAAAUAUAACAGCUGCUUAUAAAGGAGAAUGCUCUGAUAUAUGUGCAUGCACUGCUGACUAUAAUCCCGUUUGUGGAACCGACGGUAAAACUUAUUCUAAUCAAUGUGAUCUUUAUUGUAAAAAUAAAAACGGAAAUCAAAAUAUCACAGUCGCUUAUGAAGGAGAAUGCUCUGAUAUAUGUACAUGCACUGCUGACUAUAAUCCCGUUUGCGGAAGCGAUGGUAAAACUUAUUCUAAUCAAUGUGAUCUUGAUUGUAAAAAUAAAAACGGAAAUCAAAAUAUAACAGCUGCUUAUAAAGGAAAAUGCUCUGAUAUAUGUGCAUGCACUGCUGACUAUAAUCCCGUUUGUGGAACCGACGGUAAAACUUAUUCUAAUCAAUGUGAUCUUGAUUGUAAAAAUAAAAACGGAAAUCAAAAUAUAACAGCUGCUUAUAAAGGAAAAUGCUCUGAUAUAUGUGCAUGCACUGCUGACUAUAAUCCCGUUUGUGGAACCGACGGUAAAACUUAUUCUAAUCAAUGUGAUCUUUAUUGUAAAAAUAAAAACGGAAAUCAAAAUGUAACAGUCGCUUAUGAAGGAGAAUGCUCUGAUAUAUGUGCAUGCACUGCUGACUAUAAUCCCGUUUGUGGAACCGACGGUAAAACUUAUUCUAAUCAAUGUGAUCUUUAUUGUAAAAAUAAAAACGGAAAUCAAAAUAUCACAGUCGCUUAUGAAGGAGAAUGCUCUGAUAUAUGUACAUGCACUGCUGACUAUAAUCCCGUUUGCGGAAGCGACGGAAACACAUAUAGUAAUGAAUGUGUCUUGGAGUGUAAAGAUAAAGAACAACAAAAAAAAGGAGGAAAGCAUAUAACUGUGGUAUAUAAAGGAGAAUGCUCUGACAUAUAUGCAUGCCCAUUUAACUAUGACCCCGUAUGUGGAACCGACGGUAAAACUUAUUCUAAUCAAUGUGAUCUUGAUUGUAAAAAUAAAAACGGAAAUCAAAAUAUAACAGCUGCUUAUAAAGGAAAAUGCUCUGAUAUAUGUGCAUGCACUGCUGACUAUAAUCCCGUUUGUGGAACCGACGGUAAAACUUAUUCUAAUCAAUGUGAUCUUUAUUGUAAAAAUAAAAACGGAAAUCAAAAUAUCACAGUCGCUUAUGAAGGAGAAUGCUCUGAUAUAUGUACAUGCACUGCUGACUAUAAUCCCGUUUGCGGAAGCGACGGAAACACAUAUAGUAAUGAAUGUGUCUUGGGGUGUAAAGAUAAAGAACAACAAAGAAAAGGAAGAAAGCAUAUAACUGUGGUAUAUAAAGGAGAAUGCUCUGACAUAUGUGCAUGCCCAUUUAACUAUGACCCCAUAUGUGGAAGUGAUGGUAAAACUUAUUCUAAUCAAUGUGAUCUUGAUUGUAAAAAUAAAAACGGAAAUCAAAAUAUAACAGCUGCUUAUAAAGGAAAAUGCUCUGAUAUAUGUGCAUGCACUGCUGACUAUAAUCCCGUUUGUGGAACCGACGGUAAAACUUAUUCUAAUCAAUGUGAUCUUGAUUGUAAAAAUAAAAACGGAAAUCAAAAUAUCACAGUCGCUUAUGAAGGAGAAUGCUCUGAUAUAUGUACAUGCACUGCUGACUAUAAUCCCGUUUGUGGAACCGACGGUAAAACUUAUUCUAAUCAAUGUGAUCUUUAUUGUAAAAAUAAAAACGGAAAUCAAAAUAUCACAGUCGCUUAUGAAGGAGAAUGCUCUGAUAUAUGUACAUGCACUGCUGACUAUAAUCCCGUUUGCGGAAGCGACGGUAAAACUUAUUCUAAUCAAUGUGAUCUUGAUUGUAAAAAUAAAAACGGAAAUCAAAAUAUAACAGCUGCUUAUAAAGGAAAAUGCUCUGAUAUAUGUGCAUGCACUGCUGACUAUAAUCCCGUUUGUGGAACCGACGGUAAAACUUAUUCUAAUCAAUGUGAUCUUGAUUGUAAAAAUAAAAACGGAAAUCAAAAUAUCACAGUCGCUUAUGAAGGAGAAUGCUCUGAUAUAUGUGCAUGCACUGCUGACUAUAAUCCCGUUUGCGGAAGCGACGGUAAAACUUAUUCUAAUCAAUGUGAUCUUGAUUGUAAAAAUAAAAACGGAAAUCAAAAUAUCACAGUCGCUUAUGAAGGAAAAUGCUCUGAUAUAUGUACAUGCACUGCUGACUUUAAUCCCGUUUGCGGAAGCGACGGUAAAACUUAUUCUAAUCAAUGUGAUCUUGAUUGUAAAAAUAAAAACGGAAAUCAAAAUAUAACAGCUGCUUAUAAAGGAAAAUGCUCUGAUAUAUGUGCAUGCACUACUGACUAUAAUCCCGUUUGUGGAACCGACGGUAAAACUUAUUCUAAUCAAUGUGAUCUUGAUUGUAAAAAUAAAAACGGAAAUCAAAAUGUAACAGUCGCUUAUGAAGGAGAAUGCUCUGAUAUAUGUGCAUGCACUGCUGACUAUAAUCCCGUUUGUGGAACCGACGGUAAAACUUAUUCUAAUCAAUGUGAUCUUGAUUGUAAAAAUAAAAACGGAAAUCAAAAUAUAACAGCUGCUUAUAAAGGAAAAUGCUCUGAUAUAUGUGCAUGCACUGCUGACUAUAAUCCCGUUUGUGGAACCGACGGUAAAACUUAUUCUAAUCAAUGUGAUCUUGAUUGUAAAAAUAAAAACGGAAAUCAAAAUAUAACAGCUGCUUAUAAAGGAAAAUGCUCUGAUAUAUGUGCAUGCACUGCUGACUAUAAUCCCGUUUGUGGAACCGACGGUAAAACUUAUUCUAAUCAAUGUGAUCUUGAUUGUAAAAAUAAAAACGGAAAUCAAAAUGUAACAGUCGCUUAUGAAGGAGAAUGCUCUGAUAUAUGUGCAUGCACUGCUGACUAUAAUCCCGUUUGUGGAACCGACGGUAAAACUUAUUCUAAUCAAUGUGAUCUUUAUUGUAAAAAUAAAAACGGAAAUCAAAAUAUCACAGUCGCUUAUGAAGGAGAAUGCUCUGAUAUAUGUACAUGCACUGCUGACUAUAAUCCCGUUUGUGGAACCGACGGUAAAACUUAUUCUAAUCAAUGUGAUCUUUAUUGUAAAAAUAAAAACGGAAAUCAAAAUAUAACAGCUGCUUAUAAAGGAAAAUGCUCUGAUAUAUGUGCAUGCACUGCUGACUAUAAUCCCGUUUGUGGAACCGACGGUAAAACUUAUUCUAAUCAAUGUGAUCUUGAUUGUAAAAAUAAAAACGGAAAUCAAAAUAUCACAGUCGCUUAUGAAGGAGAAUGCUCUGAUAUAUGUACAUGCACUGCUGACUAUAAUCCCGUUUGUGGAACCGACGGUAAAACUUAUUCUAAUCAAUGUGAUCUUGAUUGUAAAAAUAAAAACGGAAAUCAAAAUAUCACAGUCGCUUAUGAAGGAGAAUGCUCUGAUAUAUGUGCAUGCACUGCUGACUAUAAUCCCGUUUGUGGAACCGACGGUAAAACUUAUUCUAAUCAAUGUGAUCUUGAUUGUAAAAAUAAAAACGGAAAUCAAAAUAUAACAGCUGCUUAUAAAGGAGAAUGCUCUGAUAUAUGUACAUGCACUGCUGACUAUAAUCCCGUUUGCGGAAGUGACGGAAACACAUAUGACAACGAAUGCAAACUAAACUGUGAAAGCAAGAGAGUUCAAAAAUUGGAUCAACACUUAAAUAUCGUUUAUAGAGGCGAAUGUGAAUGCUUUUGUCCUGAAAUCGACGAUCCCGUUUGUGCAAGUGACGGAAACACAUAUGGUAACAACUGCGCCCUUGAAUGCGAAAACAAAAUACGUUGUCGUCAUAACGAAAAGCCUCUAACUAUAUCGUAUCAAGGACAAUGUCGAGCGUACAACUAUUUCAAUUGCGAUGCCUGUCCCCAUCUGUAUCGCCCCGUGUGCGGCGACAAUGGUAACUCCUAUUGGAACAUUUGUUUCUUGUAUUGCGAUGCCGUUAAUAAUUUAAAAAAUAAACUAAGACCUGUUAAGCUAUGUGAUAUUGGCCCUUGUUAACUGCUUCUAUUCAAUCACGCAAUUAUUUACAAUUAAUAAUUGAUUAACUACAUAAUUGCUUUUUUUUAUUCUAGUAUAAUAAUGUUGUAUUGAGCUUCAAAUGAAAUGCGCACUUAGGCCAAUAAACAAUACUUAAUGUUACCUAGAAUUGUUGUUACAGAUCAAUAAAAGCAUUUGUUUAUUUAUUUUCUACCUUUACUGUCUCUAUUAUGAUACCGAAGCGAUAGCUACGUCCUACCUUUUUCCUAUUUGUAUGUAUAAAUAAAGCGAUUAUUACAAUGGA